UACGGCUCCCGGACGGGGCCAGUCCGGGCCGUUCUCGCGUCCGUCCCGGCCCGCCGCGGCCGCUCCGCCGCUCCUUUGCCCGGGCGCCUCCGUGCGCUCGGCCAACGGCCUGUGCGAGCGCUCGCCCGAGUGCCCCGGAGCCGGCGGGCGGCGGCCCUCUCCCCGGGGACUCUCCAGCGAGCCUAGGGGACAAAAGUGGCUCUCAAUCUAGCACAUGCGCAUCGGAGCAAUUUAAGGAUUUAAUAUGAAGCCCAGAAGCAGAUAGUGCCAAAUAGCAAGCCUGUUUCGCAUUUCUGGAAAAGCAGUGUCCGUGUUGUUAUGUACACCUCCAAAAACAGUUCAGAUCUGUAGGGGAAUUGUUGUGUAAAGUAAACAACUGCAGGGUAGCAGCACUUAAUAGCUAUUGUAGACGUGUGUUUGCUCUAUUAAAAUGAGUAAGAAAACGGGCAGUGACACGGCAAUAGGAAGCAUUUUUUAUUUGGGGGCAACAUUCUUUCGACCACAUCUCCCUGGAAUCAUGGAUCCCUCUCCAAUUUAGAAGGGUGAGUGGGGCAGCGUUUCCUUCUCCCACUGCUGCUGAGAUGGCAGAGAUUAGUCGAAUUCAAUACGAAAUGGAAUACACUGAAGGUAUUAGUCAGCGAAUGAGGGUCCCGGAAAAAUUAAAAGUAGCACCACCAAGUGGUGACCUGGAACAAGGGUUUCAAGAAGGAGUUCCAAAUGCCAGUGUGAUAAUGCAAGUCCCAGAGAGGAUCGUUGUUACAGGAAAUAAUGAAGAUGUUUCAUUUUCAAGACCAGCAGAUCUUGACCUUAUCCAGUCCACUCCCUUUAAACCUCUAGCACUGAAAACACCACCACGUGUGCUCACGCUGAGCGAGAGACCACUAGAUUUCCUGGACUUAGAAAGGCCGCUUCCAACUCCUCAAAAUGAAGAAAUCCGAGCAGUUGGCAGGCUAAAAAGAGAGCGUUCUAUGAGUGAAAAUGCUGUUCGCCAGAAUGGACAGUUGGUCAGAAAUGAUUCUAUGUGGCACAGAUCAGAUUCUGCCCCAAGAAAUAAAAUUUCAAGGUUCCAGGCAUCGAUUUCUACACCGGAGUACACUGUGACACCAUCGCCACCGCAGGCUCGGGUCUGUCCUCCCCAUAUGCUACCGGAAGAUGGAGCUAAUCUUUCCUCUGCCCGUGGCAUUUUGUCGCUUAUCCAGUCUUCUACUCGUAGGGCUUACCAGCAGAUCUUGGAUGUGCUGGAUGAAAACCGCAGUGUGAGAAGACAAAAUGAGAUACGUUGUGAAAGACCUGUGUUGCGUGGUGGGUCAGCUGCCGCCACUUCUAAUCCUCAUCAUGACAACGUCAGGCAUGGCGUGCCAAGCAUAGAUGCAGCCAUUGAAGGAGCAUCGGACGACGUGACUGUGGUUGACGCAGCUUCCUUAAGACGCCAGAUAAUCAAAUUAAAUAGACGUCUACAACUUCUGGAAGAGGAGAAUAAAGAACGUGCUAAAAGAGAAAUGGUCAUGUAUUCAAUUACGGUAGCAUUCUGGCUGCUUAAUAGCUGGCUGUGGUUUCGACGCUAGAGGUAACCUCAGCAUUCACAUAUAUUGUCUCAACACCUGGAAAUAUAAAGGAUUUGCAAACUUCACUGUUUCUGUCUUUGCAUUGUAUGCCGUUUUUCUAGUCCAAGCCCUGAAAAUGUAUUUCUUCCAGAAAGCAGGCGAGGACCUGUGUCUAUAAAGGCCUGUUGGUUGCUGGUCUGCAUUCAGCCCUUUCUGCAGUGGCACCUACUCACUUUCCUUCUGCAUGUUUUGUAAAUAGGCUCUAGGUUUGUUGUUUUUAAAGAAAAUUAGUUUUUGGCCUCAUCAGUCUGUAAGCUAAUUCUCUAAACAGAAAUGACAGUCAUAAAGCGUGAGAUUAGAAAACUAUCUGUAAAAGUGUUUCGUCCUGUUUCUCAGAUGAUUAAACAGUUUCUUUGAUAGAUGUUUUUUGUAUCUGCAUCUCAACAUUAAUGCUUUUGAAGUCAUAGUCUGGUGCAGGACUGAAGAAAAAUCAAACCACCUAACUGUUCUUGAUCACCUGUACAGAUGGAGUUUAAACCUCCCAACAAUUGAGCAGUUUAUCUGUGUGCAAUAUGUUGUUCUGACUUUCCUCUUAGUUUUCUAUAAAGUAUGUUUUUACCAAGUCCAUGUGUGAAUGAUUUAAAAACCUAAAAAAUAAGGUAUAAAUGUAGUGUACUUAAUAAACUGUCAACCAAA